UGUGUGUGUGUGUGAGUGUGUGUGUGUGUUGUGUGUGUCGUCUGCUGCAUUCCUGCGGGUUUGUUUCUCAUCAGGGCAAAUCUGUCCAUUCAGCUGCUCUGAACUGAACGCAGCAGCGAUCGUACAGUGUUCUGUGUGUGUGUGUGUGUGUGUGUGUGUGCGUGGGUAUGGGUGUGUGUGUAUGUGUAUAUCUGCAUAUGACCUGAGAAAGGGUUAAUGUGUAACAGGCCCAAACAAGAGCUGCUUUCACGAUCCUCCCCGAUAGCAGGGUAAAGUGAAAGCCUCCCCCUGUGGGAUUGUGUUUCAGGCCUUGCUCAGCUGAAAGGGGCCAACAGUUCAAGAGAUACCUGGAAGAUGACUGGAGUGUCAUUGUCUUCUGUUCAAAGUCUUGAAGUUGUAAAAAGGUGUCUGCGUCGUCAGACAAGGUGGAGGUGGGAUUGUUAUGUAAGCAUCAGGGUGAAUGAAAGGUUUCCAGGAGUGUACUUGGGUGUUGCGACACAUUUCGUGCAGUAAGAGAAAUGAGUCUGGUGGAUGCAGUUUGAGUGAAUGUAGAAGUCGUGGAGGCUAAAACUUGUUUACCUGUCCCCUAAAGUGUAAAGACAUUCCAUCACUUUCCAUGAUGGAUGUGUCAAACCGCCGCGAGCUCUCCAAGCACCUCCACGUCAGAGCCUUCCCUAAUCAACAUCAAACAUUCUGGGCUGCGGCUGAGGCAGAAACUGUUUCUCACCCUACUAGUUUUCGGCUUUUUCCCCUCGAGGGGCCAACGCUAGCGGCUUAACAGAGGCAAACAUUAAAUACUGUCAAGUCAUCUCAAUCAUGUUUUGAAACCUUUUCAAGAAGGAGAGGAAGAAUACAUAAUGACACGGCAGGGAAGGCUGCCAUUUCUGUGGUUUGGUGGUUCUAGAGGAGUUAAUUGUGAUCGGAUGUGUUUACACAUGAGGGAAACAUGCUGAGGGUUCGGCAAAGAUCGCCCCUUCCUCUGAAUCUAAAUGUUCAUCCUGCAACAAGUUUCUCUCUAUGACAAUAACUGGUGUUAAUAUGUGGACAAGCCUCAGCAGAAAGUAAGAGUGGAAAAAGUUUGUGUGUGUGGGUGUGCGCGACUGUGCAAACCUUUGUGUGUUUGUUGAUUCAGUGGACAAAGUUCACUUUUUAAAAAACAACAGGAAGGAAAAAAAAGUUUCCUGAUGGAGGAGUUUUCAGGGUGUGUUUGCUGCGUGUUGUAAAAACUGUGGGUCUCAGGUGUGUCGGGCGUUGCCCGGGUUGUGUUGAAUCUAGGCCAAGAGAUGCCGUUGUGUAUUCUUGCUCAGUACAAGUCAAGGGUGUCGGCAAAUUUCCACUCUGCUCACAAGUUAGACCUUUCAAAUCAAAUUCAAGUAGUCUACCUGAAAAUCGAAUGGCACUCUACCUCAGCUGACACGGUUUCAUAACUGUUGGUCUGUCUGUUGCCAGGGUUACGCAAUAAACUACUGAAAAGAUGUUAUUGAAACUGUGGUAAAUUGGGUCAUGGGCCAAGAAAGAACAUAUUACCUUUCAGAGCAGAUUUGAUUUAAGGAUCCAGAUCUAGGAAUUUUUAUCACUUUCUGUAACAGGGCAAGAUUUGACAGGUUUGGGAAGAGGAAGAAGAUAUUAUAAUCAAAAGGUAGAAGCUCAUAUCUAUGAACAGGUGAUAUAAUACAAAUAGUUUGUAGAAGAUGUCUGAUGUCAAUGUGUGUGCAAUAUGGAGAGAAGGAGGCCAGUCAGUCUUGGUGGAGGUAUGUACUGAGGGCCCCUCUACUUAGCCAAUGUUAUCAUGAGUACAUCAUUACUUAUCAUUAGUACUAUUAGUACUAACUAUUUUAGUAUAGUAAUAGUAAGUGCAGGCUCACACAGCUGCACGGCUGUUUGCAUGAAUGUAUCAUACCUGGAACAACAGAUUCAUUCCACGGAGAUUUCAAUAAGAAUCUGGACAGAAUUAUUGGUUGACAUAUACACACACACUGAGUUUAAUAAACAGGGUUUUAUCACUGAACUUUUCUGGUUUCAGUUGACCCAGAUAUUUGACUCAGCGAUCAGCCUCUCAAGGCUCGGACCGUAUUCAAUGUUUUGCUGCCGUCAGCUUCACCGCUCACACCGACCUGUAGAGGAGGGAAACAUUCACACGCUCUCCGUGCUGAGAGAUCAAUGUGUGUGUCAGUCGAGAAGUAUUCUCCCAGAAUACGGUGGCACUUCAUCAGUGAAAUAUCACACCUACAACCCCAACUUCAGCUCAAAGUCUUCCUACAUGACCUCCGGCUCCAGAACAUUGCCUCAGGCUCCUCGUGUAUCCCAGAGGUCAGGCUUCAGCGCCCGGUCCAGCGGCCCAGAUCUGGCCCAGUUCCACAGGAUCAGUAUUGGAGGUGGUGGAGCUGGAGCUGGUGGUGGUGGUGGUGGUGGUGGUGGGGGUUUUUACAGAGAGGACAUGCGCAUGGGCAGCUACCAGGGCAACACCAAUACCCAGCCCCGAAUGGACUCAGAGACCCUCUCUAUGCACACAAUGCGGCAGCAACCCCAGCCUAUGUAUCCCUGGAUGGUCGAUGCCAGCGACGCCGGAAGCUUAGUCUCAGACCGGGACGCCAUCUACAACCACCAGUACAGCCAGGGCACGGUAAACGGCUAUAGCAGCCAGAAGAGGCAAGGAGGAGGCGGCCUGGCCUACGCGCCAAGCAUGCAGCGAUCCCUCAGUGGCACUCUUUCCCGUGUCGGAGGGAUGGCAGGAGGGGAUGCGGAGAUCGUCCACCAACAGUCUUUCAAAGGCCCGGCCCACCGCACCAUCAACAGGAUUACAAACCGAAACCGCCUGAGCAUGGGCUCCGUGUCUGGGAGCUCCUACGGUAGAGGAGGGGACAUGGUGGACAGGGGCUUCAUCGGUUCUGGAGUGGCCUCGGCUUCCCAGGCGAGCAUGAUGAUGCCGCGUCAGGGCACCCUGUCCCGCGCCAUGUCAACCAAAAGCAUUCAGAGUGUCGGCCGGGGGAUGGACAUCUUCAAUGGGCAGAUGGAGAUGGGAGCCAGCAUGGCUAACCUCAGCGGGAUCACCUCCUUGGAUAUGGCCACAGCUAUACAGCACCUGAGGGAGCCCGACCAUGAUUUACAGGUCCUGGGUGCCGCCUACAUUCAACACGAGUGUUACAACGACAACGAGGCCAAACAAGAGGUGCGUCGUUUGAAGGGCAUCCCUGAGCUGGUGAGGCUCUUCAACAGUGACAACCAGGAAGUGCAGCGCUACGCCACUGGGGCCACGCGCAACCUCAUCUACGAGAGCAUGGAAAACAAAGUGGCGCUGAUCGAUGAGGGCGGCAUCCCGCAGCUGGUCGAGGGGCUCAAGGAGAACGACGACGAGCUCCACAAAAACAUCACAGGUAUUCUGUGGAACCUUUCAUCCAAAGACAACCUGAAGGAGAAACUGGCCCGGGAGACGCUUCCUGAGUUGACCGAGAAGGUCCUCAUCCCUCUGUCCGGCGGCGGAGACACUGAGGACAUCUAUCAGUCCGCCUCCGAGGCCGACAUCUACUACAACACCACGGGUUGCCUCAGGAAUCUGAGCUCUGUGAACGAGAAGACCCGUCAGCAGAUGAGAGAGACCCACGGACUUGUGGACUCUUUGGUCGCCUACAUCAAGUCCUCCCUCGAUCAGAACAAGGCAGAAGACAAGGGGGUGGAAAACGCAGUGUGUGUCUUGCGGAACCUCUCCUACCAGCUCUACAGUGAGAUGCCUCCAUCCGCCAUGAUGCGCCUGGAAGGACCGACCAGGGAUCAGGACUCAGGGAUGGGCGAGGCCAUUGGUUGCUUUACACCCCAGAGCAGGAAAGCUAAAGACAGAAAGCCCCAGGAUCUCUCCACUUUCAGCGAGGUGGCACGGGUGCCGAAGGGCGUGGACUGGCUGUGGCACCCUCAGAUAGUCGGGUUGUACAACCGCGUGCUGCAUCAGUGCGAGAUCAACUCCACCACCCGCGAGGCAGCUGCCGGAGCUCUGCAGAACAUCACAGCCGGAGACAAGAGGUGGGCGUCAGUACUGAGCCGGUGGGCUCUGGAGCACGAGCGCAUUCUGCCAACGCUGCUGGACCUGCUACGUACCAACAAGGACCUGGAGCUGCGUUCCCUCACAGGCCUCCUCCGAAAUCUGUCCCGCCAUGCCAACGACAAGGGCGACAUGGCAACGAAGGUUGUAAACCUACUGGUGACCAAGCUGCCAGACAAUGAGCACCAGCAGGAGCCGUCCAGCGAUGUAGUGGUGAACAUCUGUGGUAUUCUCAACAACCUGGUGACGGGCAGCUCUUUAGCAGCCAGAGACAUCAGCUUUCACAACGGCCUGCCCAAACUGGUCGCCAUCAAGAACUCGACUGGCAGCAGCGCUGGGAAGAUGAAAGCAGCCAAAGCAGCAGCCACAGUUCUCACCAACAUGUUCCAGUACAAGAAACUGCACAAAGAGUACAAAAAGAAAGGGUUCGUACGACAGGAUUUUGAUGAUUUGCUGAUUUAAAACAAGUCCGACAGGUGAUGUGUUGCACGUCCACUUCUAAACCACCCAUCAGUCCUGCACUCUACCAGCAUUCUAUGGGAGAGCAGUAAAUAAACUCUUCAUUCAAUCCAAAGAUAAUAGAUUUUUUUAUAAUAAGAACCCACCAGGGAUAGAGGAUCGACCCGCUGGAAGAAAAGAGCUUCUGUCUAUUUUAAAAGUCAAUGAACUUUUGUAAGAAAUGUGGUCCAGCUAUGAGGGACUAUCGAUGGACUCUGAUACAAAUGUGUGCACCUUAAAAUCUCUUUGUUGGAGCUGUGUGAGUGUGAGUGUGUUUGUGUGUGUGUGUGUGUGUGUGUGUGUGUGUGUUUAGUGCAGAAUCAGGGAUUUUUUUUCUUCAGGGCUAUGUGUAUCCAGAUAAAAUGCAAACAGCUGUUUGUUUUGCUGCCCUUUUUUAAAACUUUUGUCAAACUCCUAAAUGACAACUUGCAUGACACUUGUGCCUUUUUCUUCUCGUUGCACUUAUUUCAUAGCAUUAAAUGUCGGUACUAACGUGGCAUUCUUCUUGUAAAUAAUGCUCUUUUACACAGAAAUCACAUGUUUGAAUAAGUGUAGCCUUGUACUUUGUUUUUUUGGACAAAUGUGUGUAUUAGUGUCAAAAUUAUAACGCGUAGUUAUAAGUGAAUGUAUGUCAGAGGAGAUAUCUAGAUAUACCAUUUGCAGAGAUGUAAAUAGAUAAUAAUUCAGAAAUCUGGGGAUAAAGAUUGUGCCUCCUAAGUGGACCUUUGUAUUUAGUUGUGGGCUUUUUCUAGUUGCAAAAUCUGUCUUGUCGUAUAAAAUGCUGUGUGAUCACAGUUUUAAUGAGAACUCAUAAAGUAACAUCAAAUCCGUCUCCUUCUUGUUUUAUAUAACUGCUGUUUGUCUAAUGUAAUAAAUGGUGCGAGUAAGAAAAACAGGGUUGGAAGGAUACAGUCUUACCUUUGUUGACGGAACAAAUGCAAUAUUUGUUUAGUGUAUUAGACCAUUUGCAAAAUGUAACACUUUUCAGAUUGAAUUUAUUUAGAUUGGCAAAAUUGAAUUUAAAUAAAUCGACUUGUGCAAGUUCAUUUAAAGAAAAUAAUUGUUACGAAAGUGUGUAUGUGUCUUUGUUGGCGUUUUGAAAAACACUGAGUUCUCAUAUUUGCUUUUGCGUUGUAUUCAGGCACGUGGAUCAUCUGUAUCUUUUUCAGCUAAUAAAGAAAAAAUGUGGAAAUGAAA